AAACUGCUCGUACAUUUGUACAAGACGGAGCAAGUACUGAAUUCGCAACGCAAGUUCUUGGUACUACAUUGGAUAACGGACGUUUAUACGCAAGAAUUUUGUCUACCUCAAGUAGAGUAUUUUAUGAUAAAGAACCUUCGGUAGAUCCAACCAGUCCGUACGUCGUAUAUCCAUCGAGAACAACGGAAUACGAUUGGCAAUCUAAAGUUGAUUUUAGCAAUACUCCGAUUAAAGCAAUCGAGGAAAUAGAUAUAAAGAGUAAGAAUAAGGAUUUAUUAAGAAAUAAUAUUACGGAUAAUCAGCGUAGAUUUACGAAUGAGAAUAAAGGGACAACAGCAAGGUUGGACGAUUUAACGAGAGAAAACGACAUAUUUAGUAAAAGAGAAUUGGGCACGGAACUUCAAAGAUUUAAACCGAUUAAAGUGAGACCAACUGAUAAUUUACCGACUUAUACCGUCAAACAAGAAUACGUCUCGAAUAAUUAUGAUUUCUUUGAAAGCGAACUACCGAAAACUAGAACGCGUCUUCCUAAAAUAUUUAAACCUACGGUAAGACCAACCCAAAGAAAAGUCGAUAACAAGCCAUUGGCAACAGUUACUUAUCAUGGGUUCGCUGACUUUACUACAACGGUUGGCGACACUGUUAUAGUGUUCUCUCCUAGUACGUCACCGGCUCCUAUUGGACGGCCAGCUACAACGAUCAAAGGUGAUGCUACGCUUAGACCGGACGAUGGUGUAGCAGUAGUUAAAAUUAGGCCUACCGUUGUUUCGGGUGAUCACAAACCAACCGAUUUACCGUUUAUAAAGUCACACAAUCAUAUAGAGACUAGUAUGAAUCAUGAGAGAGAUGAAUUAUUGGAUAUAGUAAAUGGUGGUAACAUUCAGCCAAGUGUCGUUGAGGAACCUGAAGUCGAAUUAUCUUCUAGAUCUACCGAUCCAUUAUUAUUGAUACCUGAUAUGGAAACAAAUUCGAUCAAACCUACGGGUCUUCUUAAAGUUAUUGACUCCAUGACAUCUUCAGAUGGUACUACCACUCGUUACAAAAGUCUUAUUUAUGGUACAUACAUUGGCACCAAUUAUGCCCAAGUUAUUCAUACAUCUUCCAACGUAUACUUCUUCCCUAAUACUGCUACGUUAACGGACGACAAUGAUGAAGAUACUACCGUAGAAUAUGAAUAUACUAAUAUAAGUGACGAUGAACAAGAACAGGACACAACCAUAGAAAUGACUGUUGGUACGACACCGCAAGUGAUAACUACUAGCGAAGAAGCAUCACCAGAAAUGAAUGAAUUGACGACUCCAUUCAAGGACACCACUGAUAGCGUCUUAACAACGUUGAAAGACAUUUUGGAAAGUGCAAGAAAGGUUUUGGGAACAACUGAUUCGGCAUUGCCAACGUUUGACGAUGGAAUACCUAACGAUAUUAUAUCGGGGGAUCCUCAAGGACGUAGCAUCAAAGGUGGAUCAUCUAGAAACGAAUACGAUCAGGAAAAUAAUAAAGUACAACAACCAGAUUAUGUCGAUUCGAAACAACAAAUUACAUUUGCAACGAAACUUCUUCCCUCCACCGUAUACGAAACAUUUACAUAUUACACAACCUUUUUCAUUCCUGAUAGCAACGGCGAUACGACUACAUCCGUGAAAUCUCGAGAAGUUGUAUCUUCUGAAGUUACUUUCUUGACAGAACUGAUUACACCAAGUUCCACCGAGAGCUUCAUUCUUCCUACAAAAUCAGAUAUUUCGAUAAUAUCACAACAGGUUUCGAAUUUGCAAUCUCAGUUUGAUCAGGAACAAACGACAAAACAAGACGAAGAAAUAGAAUUAAUAUUUAAAACUUUAUAUACGACUUAUACCUAUUUGACAACGUUUUUCCAAAAAGAUACAUCAAGUAUUUCUAGUAGGGAGGUUGUUGAAACCAAUGUUAUCACGCAAACCGUUGGACCCAAUGGUGUAUCUGCCGCAGUAGCUAGUCUUUUUGAAAAAGAAGAACCUAUCCUAAUAACUCCCACAGAGAUAUCGCAAACCAUUUUGCCGUCAACAAUUUCUCAACAAGCUGGAGAUGAUCUAGCAACAACUCCGGAAUAUUCAGACUUUACAGGUAAAGAUAUUACAGAUGGUAGUUUGACCACAAUUCUGGAUGACGAAACUACGAUCACUGAACGUAUUAGUACAGUACCGACAGUACCCGAUGAUGAAUUUGAAGAUACCGAAAAGGCAAUAACCGAAUUAGAAGCAAGCCCAACUCCAGCGAUAUCAACUGGUAUAGUGAAACAUCAAUUGAAAACGUAUUAUACAACGUACACAUAUUUUACCACUACUUUCGUUGACGACGAAACGGAAAUAGAAACGAGAACAGAAGUAUUCACAAAUGUUGUAACAGAAACGAUUCAACCUAGUCCAACAAUUUCUAUAUCACAAGAAAUUACAUCGUCGACGUUGCCACCACAGACUACUAGUAAACCAGCAGUUCCACCAGAAAUAUUGGCAUAUUUGGAAGCUAUUCAAAGACAGAAAUCUCAAGAGGAAGCUUUCUUAUUAGCGAAAAAAGUUCAAGCUGAAGCUAAUGCCUCGGAACAAGUUAAUAAUAAUCCAAGUGAGACUACGUUAAUCACUGAAAUGACUACCGAAGAAUUUACUGAAAUUCCAACGACAUUGGAACAGCAAUCUUUUACAGAAAAUAUACUUCGUGAUCUUGAGAUUAAUGGACAAGUGACACCGAAUCCUCCGAUAAAUGGUGAAAUUUUAGGAUCAAUGAUUACGGAUGUUCUUUCAUCCUCCAGUUCCGGAGGUGGUACUGUUUUAGAUGUUAUGGAUAAAAGAAAUGCCGUGCCGGAAGAUCAAGAAUUAUCAGAAUCAAAUCACCAGGACGUUGAACCUCCACCAACGUUACUAUUGCAAACCAGUUACACAACAUUCACUUAUUUUACAACAAUGUAUAAAGGUGAUACGUCUAAUGUUGCCAGCCGUUUAGAAACAGUAACGAACGUUGUAACAGAAACUAUAAGGCCAACGGUUGCGCUACCUGCAGAGUCAAGUACAUUGCCAGUUACUUAUUUCACAACCUUCACGUAUUGGACAACUUUCUACAAAGGUGGCGAUACCUUGACUACGAGCCGUGAAGAAACGGUUAGUACAGUUGUAACGCCAGAUGUCUCGGCAACACCAACUUUACAAUUAGAAAUGAUAAUGACGUAUAGACCAGAUUCGACCUCAUCCUCGGUGUCAUUGAUCGAAGAAGAAUUGUUUAGUAAUACCAAACCUAAGAUAACAGCUGACAAUGAAGUUGCACCGUCGGAUAUUCCAUUGCUAGAAAAAUCACUUUUAGAAGCAACUACAGCUACUAAAGAAAAUAAUGAUGAUUUAAUAGAAAGUUCGAUUGUUACUUUAGAACCGACAACGUUUUAUACUACUUAUACAUACUUUACAACAACGUACGCGGGUAACGAGACGAUUUUAAACAGUAGAUUAGAAACUGUAACUAGUGUCUUUCAUCCUAAUAUUACGGAACCAAAAGCGACCGGACGUGCUAUUGGUAGUCCAUUAUAUCCUGGAGUUCAAGGAUUAGAAACAGAAAAUAAAUCCAUAACACCGUCCAAGGCCGUAGAAAUUCCUAAAACAGGAUUAAUAUCGACAAUUCGUUCUAGUAAAAUUCAAGACGAUAUUACGACGCAUUAUAUGACUGACGUAUAUGGUACCAUUAUCGAUGGUCUUUAUGCACAAGUUAUGGAAAGUUCAACUAGUUUAGAAACACCUUCUUCGCUUUUAGCUACACCUGUACUUCCUACAGGAGUACUUUCAUUGAACAAAGGUAGUGUAGUAGAUGCUGAUGGUGUGACAACUGUAUACUUUACAACCAAACAAAUUGGUACUUCGAUCGACGGCAUGUAUGCGAAAGUUAUUGAAAAUAGUUCUAGUACGAAGAUUGACGAAGCUAAAAAACAAACUAUAUCGUCGACACCAGGUCACAGAACUGGACUGGUGCGAUUGAUCGAAGGUCAAAUUGAGAACGAUGGAAUCACGACGUAUUAUCAAUCAAAAGUUAUUGGUACUAGUAUCGAAGGUAGAUACGCACAAAUAAUUGAAAGUACUUCAAGCUUUGCAUCUACCGCACCAACUCUAAGUAUCGCACCAACAUCAACUUUAUUACCAAGUACAUCGAUAGGAAUUAUAGAAGUAUCGCCGUCGCCUGCUGUAAUUCAAUCAUCCUUAUCGGAAGAUUCUACAACGGAAUCUCCAGGUCAUAAUGAAGAUUCCGAAGAAAACGAAGAGAAUGAAGAAGAGGAUGAUCAACAAGAGGACGAUCGAAGUUCAAGGAAAAAAUCUAGAUUAACGUUUUCGUCGAGGAAAAAAUCAUUUACUCCGGUGAUCAUACCGUUCGCAUCUAGAAAUCGACCAACGUUUAAUCCAAAACGUAAAGGUGCACAAGGUGCAACGACUAUUACAAGAACAGAUAUAACACCUACCAUAACUGCAACGUUAGCUGGUAAAGGUAAUAGAUUUGCAUCGUCAAGAGGACGCGUUAGUUCGCCCAUCGGGCCAUAUUCUUCGACCGUGUCGCCAUCUAGUUCGAGAAGAUUUUCAGGAAGAAGAAAUACGGCAUCAGCAACGAGUACUAUCAAUUCAGCAACAAUAGGAGCACGAGGUAGAGGAGCAUCUAGAAUAUCACCAUCCUCUGUUCUUCAAGGAAAUAGACGUGCACCUGCUACUAUCAGAGGUUCUUCGAGAGGCUCACCACGUGGCUCAAGUUCCAUAUAUCCAGGAGCAUCGUCCAGAUACAGACCUGGUAUAAGAGCGUCAUCUACUUUGUUACGAGGACAAUCGACUAUCAGGCAAGACGAUCAGGAUAACGAUGCCAACGAAUUCACCACGACUACUUUGGUGACAGAAGAAAUACCGUAUACCCAAGAAACCGAUGAGGGGGAAACAGUCACUAUACCUCUUCAAACAACAACUGAAUCUUCUCGAAGAUCUACGAAUCCACUUUUAAGAUUUCGCAGACCGAUAAACUUUAGUGGAUCCUCAAGAGCAAGUACAACUCCAAAGCCUAUUAAUCGAAAUAAUAAGUCCAAUUCGCCUAGCAUACCAAAUCGAAAUGUUGGCUCUCGAUUAAAUAAUAGACCUACUCCACCUACGCCUACGAGAUCUCGUCAAACAAAUGCAGGUUUCUUUCCGCCUCGUGGAUAUUUUAGCAGAAAACAGGAAUCGAUUGUAGAAGAUCAGAUCGAAGAUACUGAUCACGAAGAAGAGGAAGAUCUUGAAGAAGAUCCAGUCGAAGAGAUCGCUGAUAACGAUUACGAAGGUUCUGAACAUGAAGACAAAACUUCGGCAACAAAUAUCAAUGCCAAUCGUCGUUAUGGUAAAACACUUGGACCAAUUGCACAGAUCAGACCAUUUGGAUCAUUUGCAAGAGGAAGAAGAGUUCGUCGGCAAGCUAAUCAAUUGAGAUCAUUAACUAGUCGUUUUCGAAAAUCAAAGCAACCGAUAACAAUUAAAACCGAUGAGACAACUGACGUUGUUGGUAGUUCAUCGAACGUUGAGGAUACAACAAAAGCAUCGAUAAAGCCAGUUUCUCGAUACAGUUCUCGUACUAGAACUUCAACUGGUUCACGGCCAAAUUUUAAGUCCUCGAAUAAUCCAGAAAAAUCGCAAACAGAAACGACAGAAACAUCUACGAGUCAAUCGAAUAAAGCUAAUGGAAGAACGAAACAAAAUACUAAUGGUAAUAGUAGAACUACAUCCUCGAGAAUAAAACCGUCUCCAACGUCAGGCAAUAGCAGACAAUUUACACUUAGAGAAAAAGAUUCGUUACAAACUAGAUCCAGUUACAAAAGGUCACAGUCCACGCCAACUAGAACUACAACUAGGCCAACGAAUAAACCAACAGAUAAUGUCAAACCAAGACCACCAAGAUUAAGAACUAAUUCCGGAAAAAGUCAAGUGGAAUCGAUCAAUACUUCACGUAGAGUUUCUUCUUCGCGUGCUACUUCCAGAACUCCAAAUAGAAGCGGAAGUAGUAGCAGAAGAACCACCCAAAGAGGAAGAACUUCUCAUGAAGACAUUAGGGAAUCUCCAAUCGUUUAUCCAGAUUUUGAUGGGACCAUAACAGUAACUCAUUAUGUACCAACGGAAGUAACAAUACCUGUAGUAAAUAAUGGUGUCACUGAGCAACGCAAUAUUAUAACGGCUCAACCUAGUACAGAAGUCCUUGGUCCUUCUCAGUAUAGCACUGUAACAGGUGGUGAUGGUCGACCACUGGUAGUUAUUGUCAGCGAAGCUACAGGUAUUAACAGUCAAGGUCAAACUGAGAUUACACGAUUUUUGCUUCACGAAACGCCCACAACACGCGUUUCUCAUACGCUUACCACUUUUGGUGGUCGGAGAGCUUCACAAUCAGUGAUCGUGCCUACAACUGUUUAUUCAGUUGAAAAUGUAGUUUCUACAAUACGACCUUCUUUGCCUACAAAUCCACCUCUUGCAAAUAUCCUUUUAUCACAAUUGCUUCUGGGUCAGUUAAAUCCACAGAACCAAUUACUACAGCCUCAAGGUACACCCACUACGCAAUAUAACACGCGCACAACUACCUACGUCACUACGAUUACGAAACAUCAAAGCACCGUCAUUCCACUUACCUUCCGUGGUAAAGAGAUCUUAACUACUUUAAUAGACUCCUCAAGCGACAUCAUAACCGCAACGGAAUUUAUCACGGACACUGUUGUAGUUACACCAACGGCAACAUUACCAGCAGCAAAUUUAAAUUCUUUACUAUUGCUACUUCAACAACCCCAACAGCAAAUACAACCAAAUUCAAAUCCUUUAUUGGAUCCUUUGUUCGCCGCUGUUCCAUUGUUAACCCAAAGUAAUACUCUACCGGGUGAAGUUGAAAGGCGGCAUCAACCAGCAGAUUCGGAUUAUAAACCAGAUAGUUAUGAAUAUUCGGACGAAGAUCUCGAGGAAUAUGAAAAACCAUCAAGGGUUCGAGGCGGACGGGAUAGGUCUCACGAUAAAAAAGAAGAUAAUUCUGCCAUUUCGAAAGCUGAAUCUAGCGUGGUUACGCUUUAUGUUUCUGGUCGAAGACCCGGGGAAUUUAGCACCGUAUUGAGUACCGUCAAAAUUGGUGAAAAAGCAUCCAGAAGACGAAGGGAUGUAAAUAGAUCUGUUAAAGUACAACCAUCAAUUCCGCCGUCCUUACACGCGGCUUCAGAACCAUUUGCUGUCCUAACAGGAAGUGAUGAUACUGUCGACGCACAUACGCCAACGCAAAGCCUUGAAAGCGUAGUAGGUGACGUGGGACGGCAUAUUUACACAUACACUCAUACCUAAUUCUUCCUAUCUUAGAAAUCCAUCCCUUCCCCUUAUCCCAUGUCCUCCUUUCACUCAUUGGUUCAUUUUUUUUUUUCAAUCUAUUCUACAAAUGCUCGUAGUUUAGCGACCUUUCUAAAAUUUAUUUUUAUUAUUUUUACGAUUAGUCCAAAACAUUAGUGAAUUUAACCAAAUAUAAUAGAUAGGAAAAGCAAUACUGAAUAUGUCGGAUAAUUUUUAUAUCUGUGAAAAUACGUUCAGAAUUGCUUUUCUAUUAUGAUUAUUAUAAAGAAAGAUCCGCGUCGACGAAAGCUCGCACCUUCGAGAAGACUAGAACCAUUGAAUUGAAGAAACUAUCCGGUUUCCAUCAUGUACAACAUUUUCUCUUAAUCCUAAUUAAACACUUUCCUUUUUCUUCUUCUUCUUCUUCUUUUUUCUUUCUUUUUUUUUUUUCUUCUUUCCAUUAAAAUUCCUUUUUAACCAUUAUUAUCUCAUAUAUUUCCUAUUACUAACAAAUUGCCUUUGAUGCCACCGCCGCCGCACGCGCGCCCACACGACGACAACCUGGCCAAGUGUAGUACGAUCUUUUAACAUUUGUUGCGGCCUAAAGCAUGUCAAAACAAAAUAAUACUAUUCCAAAAUAUAAAUACACUGCGCUAAAAAAAAAAAAAAAAAAAAAAAAAAAAAAAAAAAAGAACAAAAAAAAAAAAAAAAAUAAAAAAAAAAAAAAAAAAAAGAGUAUACGUGAGAUGACGAAAAUACUCUAAGACUCGUCUGAUUCGUAAUAUUUGAUGAAUAUUAUCUCUUUGAAUUUGAUUACUAUCAUCUGCUUAUCCGUGGAGAUUUUGAAAUACGAGACAAAUCUUGGGGCAAGUUUAACAAAUCCAUAAACGAGUGAACGGAGAAGA